AUGGAACAUGAACAUGGUUUGGUGCUGUUGAUCUUUGUUAGCAAUCACAGAAGACACUCUCUGUUGUUUGUUGUGGCAAUGCAACUGAUGUUGCUUCUCUCUUCUUUUGCUUCACCCAUUAGUGAUGAAGGACAAGCAUUGAUGAAGAUUAAGGCUUCUUUCAGCGAUGUAGAAGAUGUUCUGCAUGAUUGGGAUAAUGUGCACAAUGAUGACUACUGUUCUUGGCGUGGAGUCUCGUGUGAUAAUGUCAGCCUUACCGUGAUUUCUCUGAAUUUGUCAAGCUUGAACUUGGGCGGGGAGAUAUCACCGGCAAUUGGUGACUUAGGAAACUUGCAAUCCAUAGACCUGCCGGGAAACAAACUAACUGGUCAAAUUCCAGAUGAAAUUGGGAACUGUGCUGCACUUAUUCAUAUGGAUUUGUCUGAUAAUCAGCUAUAUGGUGAUAUACCUUUCUCCAUAUCAAAGCUAAAGCAGCUUGUGUUUCUGAAUUUAAAGAGUAAUCAGUUGACUGGUCCUGUCCCCUCGACUUUAACCCAAAUUCCAAACUUGAAGACUCUUGAUCUUGCCCGAAAUAGACUCACCGGUGAGAUUCCAAGACUACUCUAUUGGAAUGCAGUCUUGCAGUACCUUGGGUUGCGAGGGAAUAUGUUGAGCGGAACACUAUCCCCUGAUAUCUGUCAGUUAACUGGUUUGUGGUAUUUUGAUGUGAGGGGCAAUAAUUUGACUGGUACAAUACCUGACAGCAUUGGAAACUGUACAAAUUUUGAAAUCUUGGAUCUAUCAUAUAAUCAGAUUUCUGGGGAGAUCCCCUAUAAUAUUGGAUUUCUUCAAGUAGCUACUCUGUCACUUCAAGGAAAUAAACUAACUGGGAGGAUUCCGGAAGUCAUUGGUUUAAUGCAGGCUCUUGCCAUUUUGGAUUUGAGUGAGAAUGAGCUGACAGGACCCAUCCCUCCCAUACUAGGAAAUUUGUCUUUCACUGGCAAGCUGUACCUUCAUGGAAACAUGAUUACUGGAUCAAUACCUCCAGAACUUGGCAAUAUGUCAAGACUAAGCUACCUGCAAUUGCAUAACAAUCAACUAGUUGGAGAAGUUCCUGAUGAACUUGGGAAGCUUGAACAUUUGUUUGAAUUGAAUCUUGCCAAUAAUCAUCUCGAAGGAUAUAUUCCACAUAACAUAAGCUCCUGUACUGCCUUGAACAAGUUUAAUGUGCAUGGUAAUCAUUUAAGUGGUUCAAUUCCUUUGAGCUUUCGCAGCCUUGAGAGUUUGACUUACUUAAAUCUUUCUGCAAACAAUUUCAAAGGGAGUAUACCUGUUGAGCUGGGCCAUAUAAUAAACCUUGAUACGUUGGAUCUAUCUAGCAAUAAUUUUUCAGGGCAUAUUCCAGGGUCUGUUGGUUAUCUUGAACAUCUUCUGACCUUGAACUUGAGCGGUAAUAAUCUUCAGGGUCCCUUGCCUGCUGAAUUUGGAAACCUAAAAAGCAUACAAAUAAUUGAUAUGUCUUUCAACCGACUGUCGGGUAGCAUCCCUCCGGAAAUUGGUCAGCUGCAGAAUCUUGUGUCUCUGAUUUUGAACAACAAUGAUUUGCAUGGGAAGAUUCCAGAUCAGCUUACCAAUUGCUUAAGUCUUAACUCCCUGAAUGUCUCUUACAAUAACUUAUCUGGAGUCAUUCCACUUAUGAGGAACUUCUCACGGUUUUCUGCCGACAGCUUCAUUGGAAAUCCAUUAUUAUGUGGAAAUUGGAUAGGAUCAAUAUGUGGUACUUACAUGCCAAAAUCCAGAGUGGUUUUUUCAAGGGCUGUGGUUGUUUGUCUCGUAUUUGGUAUCAUCACAGUAUUGGCCAUGGUAUCUAUUGCUAUCUACAGAUCAAGCCAAUCAAAGCAAUUGCUUAAAGGGUCUAGAGGAACUGGGCAAGGCAUGUUGAGUUUAAGACAUACUUAUAUUUUUCAUUGGCCACCCAAGCUUGUAAUUCUUCAUAUGGGCCUGGCCAUCCACACCUUUGAUGAUAUUAUGAGAGUUACUGAGAAUCUUGAUGAGAAAUAUAUCAUAGGGUAUGGUGCCUCUAGUACCGUAUACAAGUGUGUAUUGAAGAAUUCCCGACCAAUUGCAAUUAAACGACUGUACAACCAGCAUCCACACAACUCAAGGGAGUUUGAGACAGAGCUUGAAACUGUUGGCAGCAUCAGACAUAGGAAUCUUGUUACUUUACAUGGUUAUGCCCUAACUCCUUAUGGAAAUCUUCUUUUCUAUGACUACAUGGAGAAUGGCUCUCUCUGGGAUCUUCUUCAUGGUCCCAUGAAAAAGGUAAAACUUGAUUGGGAGGCACGCUUGAGGAUUGCUGUUGGAGCUGCUGAAGGACUUGCUUACCUCCAUCAUGACUGCAAUCCUCGAAUCAUUCACAGGGACAUAAAGUCCUCAAAUAUCCUGUUGGAUGAGAACUUUGAAGCUCAUCUCUCUGAUUUUGGCAUUGCCAAAUGUUUAUCAACAACAAAAACUCAUGCAUCAACAUAUGUUCUUGGAACAAUAGGCUAUAUUGAUCCUGAGUAUGCCCGGACAUCUAGGCUGAAUGAAAAAUCUGAUGUAUAUAGCUUUGGCAUUGUUCUACUCGAGCUACUAACUGGGAAGAAAGCGGUGGACAAUGAUUCUAACUUGCAUCAUUUGAUUUUGUCUAAAGCCGAUAGCAACACUGUAAUGGAGACAGUGGAUCCUGAAGUAUCUGUUACCUGCAUGGAUCUGGCCCAUGUUAAGAAAACCUUUCAGCUUGCAUUGCUUUGCACAAAAACAAAUCCUUCUGAGAGGCCUACCAUGCAUGAAGUUGCUAGGGUCUUGGGAUCACUACUCCCUGCACCUCCCAGCAACAUCUUUGCCCCUCCUACAAAGACCAUUGAUUAUGCACAAUUUGUGAUACAAAAAAGAAACCACCUCCACCACCCACAAAUGGAUAGGCUACAACCUCCGCAGGAGAAGUACUCUAAUGAUCAAUGGUUUGUUCACUUUGAGGAUGUUGUGUCAAACAGCCUCUAA